AUGGAGCUCUCCUUCGAGAUCCAGCUCCAGUACCACGCCCCGGCGCGGGUCGACGGGAAGAAGGUGGUCCUGCACGCCCGGCGCGACGUCGACCGGCAGACGACGUGGGACGACGUGGGCGCGUGGGCCGCGGCGACGAGCACGUACGCGGCGCGCGCGUUCGCGCUCGAGGACGAGAACGGCGCGCCCGCGGCGGCCAUCCGCGUGUCGCCGCUCGCGUGGAUCAAGCAGGACCAGCAGCGCCGGCCCUUCCGCACGGUCGUCCUGAAGCGCCACGGCUGCGACGACGACGAGACCUUCGAGCGAUCCGACGUCGUCGCGUCCGCGCACGUCGGCCUCGUGUCCAACACGAUCAACUCCGGCGUCGACACGACGACCAUGCUCAGCGAGUCCAUCGAGAACUCCGUGCAGCACAACGCCACCGUCGUCGAGAUCGCCGUCGUGCGGGACGAGGGGAAGAUCCUCAUCUUCGACGACGGCGACGGCAUCCCGCCGGAGCUCGUCGAGGCCAUCGCCAAGCCCGGCGCGUCGACCGUGCGCGACGACUCCAUCCAGGAGCCCGUCAAGGGGCCCCUCAAGUCCGUCGCCGCGGGCCGGGGGUCGCGGCCCUUCGGCGCGCUCGACGCGCCCUGGGGCCGCUACGGCGUCGGCCGCUUCAGCCAGCUCCACGGCACGACCACGCAGGUCCGCUUCACGUCCGUCGCCAAGGGCGUGGCCAAGGUCGUCGUCUUCGCGCAGGACAUGGCGAAGAUGAUCCACAAGAAGCAGAUCGAGUACGACUACGCGGCCUACCGCCACGGGUCGCGCGAGGCGGCGCUCGAGAUCAAGCGCGUCAACACGGUCUUCGGGAAGAAGCUCAACGACGCCCACUUCACCUGCGUCGAGAUCACGAACGUCGGGUCCGCGUUCUUCGAGGACUGGGACGCGAACCGCGACACGCACCUCGCGCACCUCGCGGAAAAGUACGUGCUCCACACGGCGGGCGCGGCCGGCGACGCCGCGCGGUCCUGGCUCGAGGCGCUGGGCGUGCUGCCCGAGGCCGCGGCGACGCGGCGGCUCUGCGGGCUCGUCGUCGACGGCGCGGACCUGGGCGUGUCCGGCGCGACGGUCGGCGGCGCCGUGGCCAACAAGGUCGCCGACGCGGCCCUGUUCGCGCGGAGCCGCGACGACGCGGAGCGCCUCGCGCGCGUCACGGCGCUGGGCCUCGACGACGCGGACGGCGCGGAGGUGGCGACGGUGAAGCACCUGAGCCUCUACUGGCCGACGAUGGGCGGCGCGUCGACGAUGCCCGAGUGCCUCGCGGGCGCGCGGUGCCUCGUCUUCUGGAACGGGCUCUACCUCCGCGACGAGACCUUGUAUCCCUGGUUCGCGCGGCCGCGCGAGGCCAAGGGCCGGCGCAACGACGCGCGGCUCGACGAGAAGAUCGACUCGCGCGUGACGAACCUGCUCUUCCUCGAGUCGACGCGCCUCUUCGCGCCGGAGAUCCACAAGCGCCACCUCCGGGACAAGGACGAGGGCUACCGCGCCUUACACGAACCCCGCGAGGCCGACGCGCAUUUGAAGAAGCUCCGGAAGUUCGAGGUCGAGCAGCGCCUCGAGUGGACCAAGGCCUUCGACGAGGACGAGAACUACCCCCACACGGAGGACUCGUCCUACGUCAUGGACUUCCGGGGCGACGGCAUCCUGCGGCGCUGCGGGAAGCUGCUCUACCGCGGCAAGGAUCUGGAAUCGGGGCUCCACGUGUCCUACGAGAUCAAGGGCCCGGGCAAGAAGGCGCCGGAGCUCGGCUUCGGCCGCGUCGUCGCCUUCUUCUGCGACGCCCAGGACGCGACGGCGCCGGGCUUCUUCGUCGCCGCGAGCCCGCUGCUGCCGUCCGGCGACGUCGACUUCCCCUGCGACGCGGCGGACCUCGAGCGCCUCGAGGACGCGGGGCCGGGCGCCUGGUGGCACGAGAGCUUCGUCGCCUGCCCGUCGGCGGCCAUCGUCGACGUCGUCGGCGGCGACGACGCCGUCAAGGAGGCGGCGAAGAAGUUCCCCGCGAAGGUCCACGCGCUCCGCUGCGGCGAGCACGACGUGCCCAAGGCCGAGCAGGGCUGGAAGGCCUCGGCCUUCGACGACUUCACGAACACCAUGUACUCGCACACGACCGUGCCGCCCCUCGUCUUUUCCCUGACGACGAAGACGACGAAGAAGGGGCUCCAGGCCGCCGGCGUCGAGCUCGAGCUCGUCGCGCAGCCGCCGUCGGGCGACGAGGUCGUCGUCGCGACGGCGCCCUGCGUCGACGGCGCCUUCGCCCUCGAGAAGCCCGAGCCCCUCGACGCCGUCGGCGUCUGGGAGCUCUUCGCGCGCGUCCGCUGCGCGCCGGGCAAGAUCUGGACGCGUCUGUGCGACGUCGAGCGCGAGGGCCGCAAGGCCGCGAAGGCGCCCCUGAGCCUCGACCAGCUCUGCAAGCGCGACGACCCGGACUGCAUGCGCCGCGGCGAGCCCGCCUUCUCCCGGAGUCUAGCGGUGAAGCUCCAGCCGUCGGAGCCCCUCGAGCUCCGCGUCGAGCUCAAGGGCAAGCGCCGGCGCGACCAGCACGUCGAGCUCGGCGGCGACCUCGAGCCCCUCGUCAUCACGUUCCACGACGCGCGCGGCGCCGAGGUGGACGAGGACAGCAUGCGCGUGAAGCCCGGCGACUUCGACGUGCGCGGCGGCGCGACGCGCGUCUGGUUGGAGGUCGACGGGAACGAGGUCGACCUCGACGCGAGCCGCGCGAAGCUCGAGAGCGGCAAGGCCGGCGAGCUCGUGCUCAAGGGCGUCGCCGUGCCCGAGGGCGCCGUGCCGCCGGGCGGGUCCCUGCCCCGGGACGUGCGCCUCCACGCGUCGCUCGAGCCCGUCGUCGAGGGGUCGUGGACCUGGGUGACGUACCGGCCCGUGCCGGGCGGCUACGCCGCGGCGUCCGGCGGCCGCGGCGCGGGCUUCGGCGAGACCUUCCCGGACCUCGCGGCGCUCGAGGCCGCCGUCAACGCGCGGCCGGCGCACUGGAUCGUGCCGCGGACCGUCGACGGCCUCGAGACGGCGGUCUCCGCGGCGCCCGCGCGCGUCGCGCUCGUCGAGCCCGAGAGCCUCGACGGCCUCGCGCCGCGGGCCUUCGUGACCGUGGGCCUCGAGCUCACGGCGGCGUCGGGCCACCGCCUCGAGGACUUCGAGGGCUACGACUUCGAGGUCGGCGUCGUCGAUAAGCGCGGCGGCGGCGCGCGCGUCCACGCGCAGAUGGGCCACGACAAAUCCGACGACGGCGUCCUGCGCCAGAAGGUGCGCCUCGAGGCGCCCUUCGGCUGGUCGGGCACGCUCCGCUUCGCCGUGCAGGGCUGCGAGUGCUUCGCCGACGCGUCGACCAUCGACCGGGCGCUCGCCGUGAAGACGCUGACGGCCGAGGGCCUCGCCGACGCGCCGGACGGCGGCGACGCGCGCUGGACGGCGGCGGCGGACGGCGGUUUGGGCGCCUUCGACGCCUCCGAGCUCCACCACACGUGGCUCCGCGCGGAGGUCGUCGACGGCGACGGCGCCGUCGACGCGAACUUCCCCGUCGCGACGGUCGCGCUCUACCUGCGGCUCGCCGGCGGCGAGACCUGCAAGUUCUUCACGCCCGCCGCGCUCGAGGACGGCGCCGCCGUCUUCAACCUGAGCGCGCUCGUGACGCGGCCCGCGGGCCCCGUCGUCGCGGAGCGCGAGCGCGGCGCGUUCGCGCUCGUCGCCGUCGUCAAGGAGGCCGACGGCGACAAGGCGACGCUGCUGGAGACGGACGCCAUGGCGUUGACGCUCAAGGCCGGCGCGCCGGCGAGCCUCGAGGUCGCGCCCCAGGAGGCGCUCGCCGUCGGCGACGCCGCGCGGCCCUGGGCCGUCGCGAUCCGCGACGAGUGCGGCGCGGACGCGUCCGGCGGCGACCCCUUCGUCGCGACGCUGUCCUGCGACGACGCGCGGGCGACGCUCGAGGCGACGCCGACGGCGCUCGUCCGCGACGCCGCGACGGGCGCCUGGACGCUCCCGGGCGGCUGGCGCGUCAGGGGCCGCUUCGUCGGCGAGGACGCCGGCUCCGGCACGUCCGCACGCGUCGACGUGGCGCUGACGCUCGCGCGCGGCGGCGUGUCGUUGGACGCCGUCUGCGCGCUGAACCUCAUCCCGGGCGCGAUCACGGAGGUCCGCGCGGACGGCUCCGCGCCGAGCCUGAGCCGCGGCGCGCGCUUCCAGAGCCCCAAGUGGACGUGCUUCGACGCCUGCGGCAACCGCUGCGUCAAUGGCAUGGCGGAGAUCAGCUGCACGCUCGCGCUCGACAACUCGGACAACCACUCGGGCGUGCCGUGCGAGCUCGCCGCGUACCGGAAGAAGAAGAAGAAGGCCGGCGCGGACGUGGCGCCCCCCGCGGGCGUCGUCGACGAGGCCGGCGUCGUCUCCUUCGGGGAGCUCGUCAUCGACACGGCCGGCGGCGCGCCGCUACCGAAGCGCGCGAAGGCGAUCCUGACGCCCCAGUCGCCGGACUUCUCGGACAGCGUGCAGGUCGACCCCGUCGCCGUCUACGUCGACCCGAUCGACCGGCCCGUCGCGCUCACGGUCUACCGGCGCUCCGAGGCCGGCGUCGGCGAGGCCUUCCUCGAGGGGGAGGUCGGGGGCUGGGGCGACACGACGGUGACGGAGCUCGCCGACGGCGCGGUCGUCGAGGUGCCCGCGGGCGAGGACGUCUGGGACCACGUCGCGUUCGUCGCCGUCGACGAGGCGGGCCAGCGCGCGCGGCCCGACGCCGUCGAGGCGCCGCUCCGCUUCAAGGCCGGAGGCAAGGGGUCGUGGCAGCACGUCCAGAAGCUCCGCGAGACGUCGAAGACGACCUGGUUCCAGCGCUCGUCGCCCGACGCGCCCGCGGCGCUCGAGUUCACGCUCGACGGCGGCGGCAAGCACGCGGCGACGCACGCGACGAUCCACGUCGCGCGCGUGCCCGGCGAAGCGCGGCGCAUCGUGCUCGAGCGGGCGCCCACCGCCGCGAGCCACAGCCUGCUGAGCGUGAGCCAGGACGACGACACGCCCGCGCCGGCCGCGUCCGCGCGCUACUACGUCUCCGCGUUCGACGGCGACGACGCCGGCGCCGCGCGCUGCGCGUGCGCCGCGCGCGCGACGGUGGACCUCGACGACACCUUCGGCGAAUCGGAGCAGAUCACGACGCUCACGCAGGCCGACGCGCCCAUCGGCGUCGAGAUCCGCUCCUGGCCCGAGGGCGACGACCCGGACCGCUUCAAGCUCCGCGCGUACCCGGCCGACGGCGUCGCGCUCGCGCUCGCGCCCGACGCGCGGACCGUCGUCGAGGUGCGCUUGGUCGACAGGACGGACAACCGCCGGGCCAUCGACGGCGUCUACCUCGGCGUCACGCUCAAGCUGUUCCGCCACGGCCACGAGGACGACGUCGACGGCGUCAUGAACGUCAACACCGUCUUCCCGCUGGGCCUGACGAACGACAAGGCGCGCGCGUCGCGCGACGGCGACCUCCGCGCGAAGCGCGAGGCGCUCGACGCGAAGCGGCGCGACAUCGUCGAGCUCGAAAACGCGUACCGCGGCCUCAAGGACCGCCGGUCCAAGGCGGCCAAGGCCGCGGCGGCCAAGGCGCGCGCGGCCGACGACCGCGCGGCGCGCGCGGACGCGCGGCGCGAGGCCGCCGCCGCGGUCGCCCGGCUCGAGGCCGAGGAGCAGGCGCUCGAGGGCCGCACGGACGCGCCGCGGCGGCCCGCGCGGCUCUCGACGAACGCCGCGCGCGAGGCGAAGCUCGACGACUUCCGCGCGCGCUUCCAGCGCCGCCUCCGCCGCGACGGCAUCGAGGACCACUGCGUCGGCUUCCUCAGCGAGCUCGCGACGAUCGACGACGACGGCGACGCGAAAUGCGUCGCCGCGCUCUGCGGCAACAACAUGCUCUACGUCACGUCCGACGCGGCGCGCCGCGCCGCGCAGGCCGUCGCCGAGCGCGUCGGCGGCCUCGUCAUCGACGUCGUCAACGUGUCCCUCGCGCGCCGGGGGGCGAGCUGGGACGCGGAGCGCACGCCGCGUACGAUCCGCAAGGCCUUGGCCGCCGCCGACGGCGCCGCGGCGCUCGCGGCGGAGGCCCUCGUGCCGCGCGCGUGCGACGACAUGAGCCGCGUCUUCGCGCAGCUCCUCAACAACUACAAGGCCCUCAUCUUCCCGGACACGCCGUCCCUGGAGCGGGCCGAGGACGCGCGCGACCAGGCGCGCGCCGGCGCCUGCGACUUUUCGCGCAUCGCGCGCGACGCGCCGGGCGUCGCGCUCCGGGCGCACGGCCGCGCGCGCGUCGGCGGCGCCAAGGACGAGCCGCCCAAGUUCGAGUUCUCCUCCGCGCGCGGCGGCGUCGAGCAGCGGCGCGCGGCCAUCGCCGCGGAGCUCGAGUCCGCGCGCCGCGACGCCGCGGCCGACGACGGCGACGACGGCGACGACGACGACGACGCCGUCGAGGACGACGUGUCCGAGGCGGACGUCGAGGCCGCCAAGGCGCGGCUCGACGCGGCGAAGAAGGAGGUCAAGGAACUCGCGAAGGAGCUCGACCGCCAGCGCCAAUCCACAAAAUCGCCGCGGUCCGCCAAACGGCCCGCGUCCGGCGUCGCCGCGGCCGCGCGGCGGAAGAAGCAGGCCGCCGAGAUCUCCGCGCGGACCUGCAGGCCCUGCGCGCCCCCGGACAGGAUCUCGACGGCGAGCUCGCGCGCGAGGUCGCGGAACGCGUCGAGCGGGAUCGUGUCGUCGGGCCGCACGUCGUCGACGCGGAAGCGCUCCCGCCAGGCGGACCGCAGUUUCGCGACGCCGGCCUCCUUGUCCUCCUCGUCGCCGGGCGUCGCGCGGAACCAGACGUCCUCGGCGAACUUCCAACUCGCGCGCGCGGCGUCGGAGGACCCGUCGACGACGUGGCCGGGCCGCGCGAAGAUGAUGAGGAAGUCGUAG